AUGAACACCUUCUUCGUCCGCAGAGCUUUCUCCUCCCGAUCAGCUAUCCGAGCUCCACCUUCUCCUAGCUCCUCCACUCUCCCUCUUGUCUCUGCUGCCUCUGCUGCCUCUACUUUCAGCGCCACUCGUCCUGGUCGUGUUGCCAUGCUUCCUAAGUCUUCAGAGUCUACCUCUGUACAAAGCACAGGCUCUGCGAACGUCAGCACUGCAGCUACUAGCAAUGCUGACAUCUUCCCAGAGGUCGGGUCCAUCUCUGUUCCUGGUGAACAGCCUAACGUUCUCCGUCUCGGCGAGAGUCAGUAA